UCCCGCCGCCGCCGCCGCCGCCGCCGCCGCCGCCGCCGCCGCCCGAGUUCCGGUUUUCUCUCGCGGGGGUUUAGCCCUGGAGCCCCGCGCGUCCGGGAGCCGGAGCUGGAGGCAGGAGCUCCGGCUCCGAGGUGGGGCCGACGCCCUGUACACGAGGAAGGCGUGAACCUAAGGCUGUCGGUGGCCCCCAGUCGCCGGCGGACCGUACGGGGUCCUCAUGGCGAGAUUCUGGGUCUGCGCGGCCGGCGCUGGCUUCUUCCUUGCGCUACUGGUUUUGCACUCGCGUUUUGGGGGCGCCCCGGUUUUAAGGAAAUUUUCUUUUCAAAUUUCCUGGAGAACCAAGGAAAUUCUUUACCGGCUGGAUGUGGGUUGGCCCAAGCGUCCAGAAUACUUUACUGGAACAACAUUUUGUGUUGCAAUUGACUCCCUCAGCGGAUUGGUUUACGUAGCCCAGAGAGGGGAUAACAUCCCAAAGGUAUUAGUGUUCACAGAGGAUGGAUAUUUCCUACGAUCCUGGAAUUAUACAGUUGACACACCUCAUGGUAUAUUUGCAGCCAGUACACUACAUGAACAGUCUGUCUGGAUCACGGAUGUAGGAAGUGGAUCCUACGGUCAUACUAUUAAAAAAUACAAUUCCUUUGGUGAUCUUGUUCAAGUCUUGGGUACCCCAGGCAAAAAAGGCACUGGUUUGAAUCCCCUGCAAUUUGAUAAUCCUGCAGAAUUAUAUGUAGAGGACACAGGAGAUAUUUACAUUGUGGAUGGAGAUGGAGGAUUGAAUAACAGAUUGAUCAAAUUGUCGCAAGACUUCAUGGUGCUUUGGCUACAUGGAGAACGUGGGACGGGACCUGCUAAGUUCAACAUACCUCACAGUGUUACAGUUGAUUCAACUGACCGGGUGUGGGUUGCUGACCGAGGAAAUAAAAGAAUUCAAGUAUUUGAUAAAGACACCGGGGAGUGGUUAGGAGCAUGGGAUAAUUGUUUCACAGAAGAGGGACCUUCUUCAGUCAGAUUUACUCCUGAUGGAAAGUAUGUGAUUAUAGGCCAGCUGAACCUUAGCAGGCUCUUACUGGUGGCAGCACCCCCAGUGGGAAGCAUUGGCAACUGUUCUGUGAUAAGCACAAUCCAACUAGCAGAUCAAGUGUUACCUCAUCUCUUGGAUGUCAGUGGGAAGACUGGAGCGAUCUAUGUAGCAGAAAUUGGAGCAAAUCGUCUGAAUGAAUACCUAAAAGCAUCUUAGGACAAGUGUUGAGGACAUGAAAGACAAAAAUGAAGCCAUGGAACUCAGGGCAAUAGAAGAGAAAAAGAAGUAAUGUCCCUGGUAGUGGUGAGAAAAAGUGGAACAACUGGGUUACAGUGGCUCUCAGUGACAGGAAGAUAAUCAAAGUGAAAGCUUUGGACAUUUAAGCAGGAAGUGAAAUGAACACCACCUGUUCUUUCAGGCGCCUAACGCUUACUGAAGACGACUGUACUUGAAAUAAGAUUAAUUGGGUUUUAAUCUUAGAUCUAUGAGUUUCUAAAUCAUUGAACCUCUCUGAGACAUAAUUUUUGCUUCUAUCAAAUAGUUCUAAAUACUACCUUCUUGGUGGCGACUUACAGGAAUGUUGUAAAUUCACAGGAGAAAACAAUCAUUCCACUAUUUUACUAAUAAACAUGCAAAUCAUGUGAGUUUCUCAGGAUCCUAACACAAAAAUAUCAUUUGUAUAUGGAAACAUAUAAAAUUAAAUAACUUCUUAUAAUAAUUAUAUAGUUAUUCAUAAAAAAUAUAUAAAUAUUCUUUCAAGUCCACAUUGUGUAUAGAGAAAUUUAAUCUAGUUAAUUGUAAGCAAAUACCAUCCCUUUAAGGAUUAAGUUCCAUCCCCCUUCAUCUUUCCAGAAUAACAUGAAAUAUCCAAGAGGCUUUCAUUUCAUUUAAGAACUUUAUUUUGAGGGGCAUCUGGGUGGCUCAGCAGUUAAGGGUCUGCCUU